GUGCGGGGUCCAGCAGUUGGAGGACAGAGGCCCAGGUGGACGCGGUCCGUUGGUCGUCAGACCUGCAGAGCUCAGCACGGUUUCUGCUGCAGGGCUGUGUGCUCCCUUGAUCUGGCCUUGUUGGGCCGCCUUCCUCCAAGGAGACCCGCUCUGCAUUUCCUUAGGGCUUACAGGCCCCCAGUAUAUUGGUGGUCCUCUAUCCCAGGAUAAUUCCAGCCUCUGUGAUCACAGAGGCUCUUCUUUGAUGAAGGUCGGAGAUGGAGGGAGAAGAAAUGGAGAACAGGAGGAAAAGAAGAGUGCAAGCAAGAAGGAAAAUGAUAAUCCUCUCAGUCUUGUUAUGUGGAGGCCUUGCCGUUCUUCUUUGGGUGAUGUUAAAAUUUCCUAAAAAAGCUGGAAUUAAAAGGACCAGUAAUAAUUGCACAGAUGAGAUGAGGGUGUGUCUGCCGGACUGGGACCUAAUCAGUGAGACCUGCUUCUUUCAAUCUGAACAUGAAGCUAUUUGGGCUGAGGGACAAAAACACUGCAGAAAAUAUUAUGCAUCUCUGGCAAAGAUCGUCUCCCGGACUGAAAUGGAAUCUGUGGUCAGUUAUCUGAAUACAUCUACAUAUUGGAUUGGACUGAGAAAACACCCUUCUGAUAACAUCUGGAGAUGGAUGGAUGGAAGUCACUUUAACAACUGGUUCACCAUAACUGGUUCAGGCAAUUGUGCCUUUAUAAGUGACCGUGGCAUGGGCAUUAGCAGCUGCAAUGAAACAAGAAGAUUUUUGUGCAGCAGAAGAAGUCAAUGUGUUUAGAAUUGUUUUAUACUGAAAAUAGAGAAAAACUUUCACAUUUUGUACAUUUUAAAUUCAUGCAGAUACAUUUUUCCUCUCAGCAUGUUUUAAGUGUUGAUGAAAUUUUAAAUAAAUUUCACUUAAAUUUAA